AUGACUUUGGCAAAGCUACCCAGGAAUGGUAAAGUCGCAGUGUUGGGCGCAGGGAUUUCCGGUCUCACAUUCACGUACUUCUUGAGCAAAUUGCGUCCAGACUUGCAAUUCAAAAUCUUUGAAAAAUCCAAUCGAGCAGGAGGAUGGAUGUCGCUGCCGUCGCUCCAUGUUAAAGACACCAACGAAUCAAUAUUGCUCGAGAAGGGACCACGAACGCUCCGUGGAGUUCGAGACGGGAGCUUAUUGAUGAUUGACAUACUCCGAGAGUUGAACUUGCAGAAUCAAAUUGAAGUCAUCCACAAGGACAGCGUUGCUAAUAAAAAAUACAUUACCGACGCCCAAGGUCAACUAAUCCAAGUUCCAAACUCUAUACCUACUUUUAUUGAUUUUUUGAAAAAUGUCAAAGCUAUCGAUUUGAAGCUCGUGAUGGGCAUAUUUAAGGAGCCUUUUGUCAAGCCUGUGAAAGAAGAUGAGACUGUAGAGCAGUUUUUCAAACGAAGGUUGGGGAGCUCGGUUUUGACGGAUAACGUUGCCAGUGCUGUAAUGCACGGAGUGUACGCGGGAGAUAUAGGCAAGCUCAGCAUCAAGAGCGUCAUGCCUGCUAUGAAGGAGAUUGAAAAUGAGUCGGGCUCGCUCUUGAAACAUGCUUGGAAGAAGCUCAUAGCGAAGAACAAGAUAUCUAAAACAACCACAGCCACGGAGGGACCGCAGUUGUCGAGUGAAUUGAAAGCCUACGAACAGACGAUAUCACCCAAGGCUGAUUUAUUGCAAUUACAAACUCGGCUAAAGUCAUUUCCAAUGAUCAAAUUACAUAAAGGCAUGGAAACGCUCCCCAAGUGCUUGGCCCAGUACUUGACUGCCAAUACCCAAACUGAGAUCAAGUACGACACGCCCGUUGAGCAAUGCGACCCAUUGACGGGGGAGGUCAAUGGCGAAAAAUUUGAUCACGUUAGAAGCACAAUAAGCACUCUUGCAUUGGCCAAAAUAUUUCCUCCUCAAAACCUGCUCGUGCAGUACCUAGCUUCCAUUCCAUACAUUAGCAUUUUUUUAACCAACAUUUACACGCGAAAGCCUACGUUGAUACCGCGAAAUAAACCGGGGUUUGGAUUCUUGAGACCGCGUCAUGAAAAUGUCGAGGACAAUCCGCAGGCGUUGCUUGGCGUCAUUUACGAUUCCGACAUUGAAAAUUAUUGUCAGGGCCUCUUUGAUGAUCACAAAGCCGUGCCCGAUGAAAACAACAAAAUCACCCUCAUGAUGGGCGGCCACUACUAUUCCAAUUGGAGCAUCCCUUCAGAUAAAAUAAGCCUCAAAAUCGUGCUAGAUGUAUUGGAGGAGAAGUUUCAAGUCGACGUGUCGAAAUUCAACGUGAAAGUCGUCCCCGUGGAACUGGAAUUGGAGGUGGACUCAAUUAAAGAUGAUGAUCUUGUAGUGAGCUAUUCCUUGCACACCGACUGCAUCCCGCAGUAUAAUCUUGGCUAUCAGGAAACGAAGGCCAAAGUGCUCGAUAUUUUGGACAAGGAGCAUUACAAGUUUUCAUUUGGGGGCACUGUGUUUGCUGAUGGAGUCGGCGUGCCCGAUUGCGUCAGCAAUUCCUUUAAGGACGCCAUGAAACUCAUGUAA